CUAUUCCUAAAGCACUCUACACUUUAACUAAAGCACAGAAGAGGGUUAUUUGUGAGUGGAUUCACCAAUUAAGGUCUCCAGAUGGUUAUGCUUCUAAUCUUGGAAGGUGUGUUGACAUGAAUGAAUUAAAAAUGAUUGGUAUGAAAAGCCAUGACUGCCAUGUGUUUAUGCAGAGGCUGAUUCCGAUUGCUUUUAGGGAAUUGCUACCAUCGUUCAUUUGGAAUCCAUUAACAGAAUUAAGCUUAUUAUUCCAGUGUAUAUGUUCUGUUGUGCUUGACAUUGGCAAACUUAUUGAUUUAGAAGAAAAGGUUGCAGUGAUUUUAUGUAACUUGGAAAAGAUUUUCCCACCGGCAUUUUUUGAUUCUAUGGAGCAUCUUGUUGUUCAUUUGCCCUAUGAGGCUAGAAUUGGAGGCCCUGUUCAAUAUAGAUGGAUGUAUCCUUUUGAGAGGUUUCUUCUAGAACUAAAGAAAACUUUAAAGAGUAAAGCACAUGUUGAGGGUUCAAUCUGUCAAGCAUAUAUUGCACAGGAAAUCAACAUUUUUGCAGAGCAUUACUUUGAACCUCACAUAUCAUGUAGGAGGAGGAGAUUGCGACGAAAUGAUGAGGGUGUGAGUAAUGACAUUUUCCCACCUUUCUCCAUAUUCAAUUACAUUGGUCGAGCUCAAGGUCGUCCAAAGAUCAGGUGGCUAUCGGAAAAUGAGCUACAUGUAGCGCAUACGUACAUAUUGCGAAAUUGCCCGGAAGUACAUCCAUAUUACAAGUGGAUAGAUAGAUUAACUUGAAGAAUGAUGGAUCGCUCUCAAGAUUCUCGCACAACAUCAGGCUCAGGACGUGGUCAGUCUGGACGUCGAUCUAGUGGCCGAUCAACAUCAAGUCGUGGUGGCCGAUCUAUAUCUGGCCGGGGCCGAUGCACACAAAAUAUUCAUCAAACAUCUGCUAACCCUGCAGUAGUAUCUAGUACACCUGCAAAUUUGGGAAUGCCUCCUUGUAUACAUCCAAAUAUUCAAGUAACAACGACAAUGACUCCAUUGACACCAAUUCCACAACCUUCAAUAGUUGCGCCAAUUGCACAAAGCCCUCCACAACCAUAUAUGGAGACUUCUACUCAUGCCACUGAGGACCCACCAAUAGAAAUGGAGGGGCCCUCUAAUGAGUCUGUGAGCACUGGGCCCCCUUGGGUUAUCACCCCAGAUAGUGUAAUUAUAGAUCAUGAAGUUAAGAGAACAAUCCAUGAAUUGGUCAAAGGUCAUUAUAAAGAGGCAUGGACCGGAUGGGGAAAAGUGCCCAAAGAUGUGAGGCAACGGAUAUUCACCGCUUUUAGGGGCAUAUACACAUGGGAGGCGCAACAUGAAUCUUCAAUCUUGCGGCAUUUAAACCAUGAGGCGAGUGAAUGGUUGAAGAAAAAUUUGUAUCUUGCACAUAAUCUUUACAAGGCUCCAUUUCCAUGGAUGGCUCCUGCAGUUUGGGAAGGUUUACAGAGGUAUUGGGAGUCAGAUGAGUUUAAGAGAAAAAGUGAAAAGAACAAAUUGAAUAGGACAGAAAGUGUAAGCUCCUCCAUUGUUAUUUACCGUGGUGGAUCUGUUAGUACUGCUGUGCACCGCCUAAGAUUGGCGGAGGAAUUAGGUAGAGAGCCGACACUAAAAGAAUGCUUUAUCCACACGCACAAAAAAAAGGAUGGCACGCUCGAGGUUGGUCGUGCGACACAAAUUGUUGAGGAAUUUGACAAAGCACUAGUAGAUAAAUGCGGUCAAGGGGUGGAUGAGAAUUCUAUUAACCGGGGACGAAUUAUGGGAUGAGGUAGCCAUUGGG